UGUUCAGUGUGUCUCAACUCUCAACUCAUCAGUGAAUUCCAAGAAAAGAAAAAGCACCCAUUUUGCUUAUUUACAAACUACACACAGCAACAUUCCAAAUGUGCCGCCCAUGGCCGCCUUCUCCUUCUUCCCAUUUCUGUCACUAUCAACUUCACAUUCAUCAUUUCAUCCCACCCCCAUUUCCUCCUUUUCUUUUUUCUAAUUCUACUUCUUCUCACUACUCUGUCCCUCCAAUAAAAGGUAUCAAAGAAGAAGAAGAAGAAGAAGAAGGGGUGCUUUUAUGGGGUGUGUUCAGGCCAAGACACUUGAAGGUCCUGCUCAUGAACCCAAGGGACUAGACAGGCUCAAAUUGGAAAAUGGGUAUGUGUCAAAUUCUGAUUUUGUUGCUCACAGAAGAUCCACUGGUCAAAAGUAUGAACCUAUGGAGGAUGCUAAUGGUAGGCAUCAUCAUCAUCAUCAGAAGAGAGAACAACCUCAACCCAGAAACCUUGCAAGAGUUAAUGAGCUUGCUGCUGUUCCUGGCGGCAACAAUGGUGAAAGUGGCAAGGGGAAAGGGGGUGUUACUAGAGAGAGGAAGAAGAGAGAAUUGGCAAAGAAGAAGACUUUUGAGGAUGACUAUGAGAUGGUUGAUGGAUGGCCCAAAUGGCUAGUUGAUAAUGUUCCUGCUCAAGUCUUUGGUGGAUUGGUCCCAAAGAGUGCUGAAUCCUACAAAAUGAUUGAUAAGGUAGGACAAGGAACAUACAGCAAUGUCUAUAAAGCUCUAGAUCGGGACACCGGAGAAAUUGUUGCCCUAAAAAAGGUUCGCUUCAAUACAUCAGAGCCCGAAAGCAUUAAAUUUAUGGCAAGAGAAAUCUUGAUACUACAAAGAUUGGAUCAUCCUAAUGUGCUAAAACUUAAAGGAUUAGCCACUUCAAGAAUGCAAUACAGUAUAUAUCUAGUUUUUGACUUCAUGCAAACGGAUUUGACAAGAAUUAUCUCUCAUUCUGAAGAGAGGCUAACCGAGCCGCAGGUCAAGUGCUAUAUGCAGCAAUUGCUUUCUGGUCUGCAGCAUUGCCAUGAGAGGGGAAUUUUACAUCGAGAUAUAAAGGGAUCAAACCUUUUGAUUGAUAGAAAUGGAAUGCUUAAGAUUGCAGAUUUUGGGCUAGCCAACUAUUAUAGUCCAAACCAUGAGCAUCCUCUCACAAGCCGGGUCGUGACACUGUGGUAUAGAGCCCCUGAGUUGCUGUUAGGUGCCACGGAUUAUGGAGUUGGUAUUGAUCUAUGGAGUGCUGGAUGCCUCCUUGCAGAAAUGUUCACCGGAAUUCCACUCAUGCCUGGCCGAACAGAGGUUGAGCAACUUCAUAGAAUUUUCAGAUUAUGUGGCACACCAUCAGAGGAGUACUGGAAAAAAUUUAAAAUAUCUGCAUCAUUUAGACCUCCAAGGUCGUAUCGACCUAGCUUUCUAGAAACUUUCAGGGAUCUCCCUCCAUCUUCUUUGGGGCUUUUAUGUACCCUCCUUGCUUUGGAACCGGCGUUCCGUGGAACUGCAUCUAAAGCUCUUAACAAUCCGUUUUUCUUUACAAGCCCGUUGGCCUGUGAUCUCUCUGGUUUGCCUGUAAUCCACAGAGAAGAUGAUGAACAUGAUCAAGCCAAAGAACAGAUCAAGUACAUGAACUCUAAAAUCAGGCGUUCUCGUACAUACCUGGAGCGUCGCAAGAGUCUAGCUCCUAAGAGGCAGAUAGAACAUACUGUGUCUAACAAGGAGGAUUCAAGAAGGAAUGUGGAACCUGAAACUUACAUUCCAAGCGAAGAACCGGGUAGCGCCACCAUAAGCAGUACCUCAUCUAGUGUAAACCCUGGUGUGGCUAAGGAGCAGUUUCCACUUUUGGCUUCAGAUAAAAAGGUGGCCCCAAAAUACCAUCACCAUGGCAAUGUUGGUGAAAUUACAAGGUACCUUCCUCCAUUACCCAAGUCAAAGCCAAAAGCAACCCAGAAUGAUGACUACAACAGAUUCAGUUUCAGGAGUGCUUCUACCAGAGAAUUUAGAAACUUUAAGAGGGAGGACUAUUUACUCUUUGAAAUUGAUUAGAAAAUUUUGUACAAUUUUUUAUGGAUAUUGUAAAACCACCUUGCAAUUAGUUACUAUAUCUCAAAUAUUGACCCUUAAAAAUUGUACCUAUAGAAUUAGAAACAUACAAUUGGUUCAAUUCAAUUAGAACCUGUAAUUGAUUGAUUGUUUUCCACUGAAUCAUUAGUC